CGAGCGGACCUCUGCACGGAGUAGAACAAACUAAAAGUGAAAAGAAGAGAAGAUAUAACGAAUUGAAUUAGUCCGCGGAAGAAUUUUUUUUUUUAGUUUUUAUUUCAUUUCCCCCCAACCUGAGUUUUUUUGCGUUAAAACUUUUCGCCGAUGAAUUUCAUUUCUCGUUCGAGUGAAAUUAAGUUCUUUCUAUGAUUUGAUUUGGAAACGAAUUGAAAUAAAAGAAGAAGAAGAAGAAAGAAAGAAGAGGAGAAGAAGAAGAAGAAAGAAUAACGAAUUUAGUUCUUACGUUCUGAGGAGCAUAAAAUGCAUUUUCCGCGUUUAAAAUCUUUACUGACUUUGGUCAUAUGUUCACUGUUUGUGCUGAGCCUCCCCGAAAAUGUGAAUUGUGCUAACAAAAAAGGAUCACCGAGCGCUAACUCAGCUCCAGCUGCACCUGUUGAACCCGAAGCCGUCAUCGAAGAAGUCUCUGCCAAGCAAUUGGAGAAGCUAUUAGCCGACAAGGAUUAUGUAGCGGUAUUCUGGUAUGCCCGAAGCUGUGUUACUUGUGAUAAAGUGUUAGCCGAACUCGAAAAAAUCGACGAUGACACCGAUUCCUUCGGUGUGGAUUUCGUUAAAAUCAACGACAAACGUUUAGCGAAACAAUACGGUAUCAAAAAUUUCCCAGCACUUACAUAUUUCAGGGAAAAGGAACCAAUUAUCUAUGAUGGCGAUCUGAUGGACGAAGAGGGUGUUCUUGAUUUCCUCACCUCAUUGGAAGCCAUGGACUUGCCCGAUCGCAUCGAAGAAGUCAAUGCCAAAAUUCUAUUGAAAAUCAUCGAAGACACCGAUUUUGUAGCUGUGCUGUUCUGUCCUGAUCACGCUACUUGUCCUCCCAGGGUUAUGGAUAAGCCCCAAUGCCGCAAAUGUGCCAAGGCCUUGCAGGAAUUGGAGAACAUCGAUGAUGAGGCCGACCAGCUGGGCAUUGGUUUUGUGAAGAUCCAUGAUGAAGCAUUGGCUGAGGAAUACAACCUGGGAGGUUUGCCUGCCUUGGUCUACUACCGACAUCAGACACCCAUUAUUUAUGAAGGUGAACUCUCUCGCGAAGAGGAUGUCCUGGAAUGGUUGGUGCAGAACAAAUCAACUGGCGAUGAGGAUGAUGUCAUUGAGGAUGUCACCCCCAAGACCUUGGCCACACUGAUCAGCAACAUCGAUAAUCUGGUAGUUUUAUUCUAUGAUCAUGGCAAUGAUGAUUCUAUGACCGUUUUGGAAGAGCUAGAACAAAUCGACGACGACUGCGACAAGCAUGGCAUUCAAUUUGUGAAGAUUGAUGAUGCCAAGACCGCAGAAGAAUACGGAAUCGAUUCGAUUCCGGCCAUUGUUUAUUUCGAAAAACAAAUUCCUAACAUUUACGACGGCGACCUUAUGGACGAGGAACAAAUCCUACAUUGGUUGGUCUCCCAACUGGAACACGACGAGAUCGAAGAUGUCACCGAUGAAAUGUUGGACAAAAUGGUCAAAGAAGGCCGCGUCUUGGCGGUUCUAUUCUAUGACAACAACGAUGAGAAAUCCGAAAGGGUUUUGGAAGAAUUGGAGAACAUCGAUGACGAAUGCGACCAAUUGGGCAUUACAUUCGUGAAGAUGGACAAUGCCGAGGAGGCCAUCGAAUAUGGCAUUGAAUCAGUUCCUAAAUUGAUUUACUUUGAAAAAGGCAUUCCAACCAUAUACGAGGGCAACCUGCAGGACGAAGAGAAACUCCUGAAGUGGCUCGAAGAGCAGACCAGUUCCGAUCAGAUUGAGGACAUCACCGAUGAAAUGUUGGAUUUGAUUAUAGAAAAGAUGCCACAUGUUGCAGUGCUAUUUUACGACAAGGAUCAAAAGAAAUCCCAAAAAGUCUUGGCCGAAUUGGAGAACAUCGAUGAUGAAUGCGAUCAAAAUGACAUUGCCUUUGUCAAGAUCGACGAUGACAGCGAGGCCAAGGAAUGGGGUAUCGAUGAAAUUCCCAGCAUUGUCUUAUACGAACGCGGCAUUCCCCAUGUCUACGAAGGUGAUCUCAUGAAGGAGGAUGAAUUGUUGGGCUGGUUGGUCCAUCAAAAGCGUUAUUCCGAAAUUCCCGAAGUCACCGAUGAGAUGAAAGACAAAUUGGUUGAGAGCACUGAACAUUUGGCUGUAAUCUUUUAUGACAAAGAUGACAAACAGGACAUUCGCAUUUUAAAUGAAUUGGAAAACAUUGACGAUGAAUUGGAAAAGGAAGGCAUUGUCAUUGUGCGCAUUGACAACACUGCCGAGGCCAAGGAAUAUGGUCUUGACCACUUGCCUGCCCUGAUCUACUACGAAAACAAGAUACCCGCCAUGUACGAAGGCGAUUUGAUGAACGAGGACGAAGUCUUGGAAUGGCUGAUCUUGCAAAAGAAGACCGCCACCAUUGAGGAGGUCACCGAUGAGAUUCUCGCCAAUCUCAUCAAUGAUCACGAAUAUGUUGUGGUCUUCUUCACCGGCCCCUGUGAGCCUGGUGAGAAAUGCGACAAGACCCUGGCCACCUUGGAGACCAUUGACGAUGAACUGGAUGAGACCGGCAUCAUUUUUGUCACCACCGAGGACACCAACAUUGCCAAGAAGCACAACAUCAAGAUCUAUCCCCAAUUGGUGUUCUUCAGGAAUCGUGAUCCUUUGCUCUUCACUGGCGAUUUGGAGGAUGAAGAUGAAGUCUUGGCCUGGAUCACCGAUGAGGACACUUUGGAGAUUCCCGGCAAAAUUGAGGAGGUCAACGUUAAGAUGUUGGACAAGAUUUUGGCCGAAAAUGAUCAUGUUGUUGUAUUCUUUUAUGCCGAAGGCGACAAGAAAGCCCAAAAGAUUUUGAAUGAAUUGGAAAAUAUCGAUGAUGAAUGCGAAGAAAAGGACAUUGAUUUCAUUAAGACUUCCGAUGAUGAUAUCCAAAAGGAAUACGAUUUGGCUUCUUUGCCUGCCUUGGCUUUCUAUAGACAUAAAUUCAGAACGAUUUAUACUGGUGAUUUAAUGAAGGAAGAAGAAAUCUUGGAAUGGGUCCUCGAAUUGCACGAAUCCACUGCUGAUGUCAUUGAAUCCGUUGAUCGCAAGACUUUGCAAGUUCUUAUCAAUGAUGUUGAACAUUUGGCCGUAUUCUUCUAUGACGACAAAUGUGAAUCUUGUUCUGAUAUUUUGGAAGAAUUGGAAAACAUCGAUGAUGAUACCGACAAGCAUGGCAUUCAAUUUGUCAAAUCCAAUGAUGUCAAGUUGGCCCAUGAAAUCGGCAUCUUUGCUUUCCCCGCUUUGGUCUACUAUGAGACCGGCGUUCCAAUCAUGUAUGACGGUGACAUCGGCAAAAGUAGCGAAGUCUUCCAAUGGAUUCUGGAACAGAAGGCCGAUGAGACCAUCGAGCUAAUCGAUCGUGAGACCCUAUUCGAGUACAUCAACACCAAAGACUUUUUGGCAGUAGUGUUCUACAAAGAAGAUGAUCCUGACUCUCCUCGAGUAUUGCGUCACAUUGAACUGAUCGAUGAUGAGGCCACCGAGUAUGGUAUUCAGAUUGUCAAAUGCCACGAUAAGUUGAUGGCCAAGAAAUAUGGCUUCCGUAAUCCACCCGGCAUCACAUACUUCCGCAAGACCAAAUACAUCAACUAUGAUGGCGACAUCGAUGACGAAGAAGAAGUCUUGGAUUGGUUGACCAGCCCUGCCAACAUGGAAAUGACGGAUCACAUUGAACAAGUGAAUCGCAAAAUGUUUGAGAAGAUACGCAAGGCCUCCGAUUAUUUGGCGGUCAUAUUCUACAGUGAAGAUUGCAAACAGUGUCCACGUGUCUUGGCCGAAGUGGAGCAUAUUGACGAUGAGGCCGACAAGGCUGGCAUUGAUUUCGUUAAAAUCGAUGACAAACUAAUGGCCAAGGAGUUGGGCGUAUUCGCAUUGCCAGCCAUUGUCUUCUUUAAGCCCACUUCCAAGGAACCAGUCAUAUACGCCGGAGAUCUUUAUGAAGAAGAACAAAUCCUCACUUGGUUGCUUACGCAAAAGGACCCAGGUGGAGAUGUCAUUGAAGAUCUUGAAGGCGACAAGCUGGUGAAUUUGAUUGAAGAAUCCGGCUCAAUUGCGGUGUACUUCUGGAAUAAAACCCAGUGCGACAUCUGCAACUCGAAGGCAGCUCGCAAGGCCCGUCUCAAAAAGGAAAAGGAACAACAGAGCCAAGAUCCAGGAGCUGGAGCAGCAGCCGCCUUUGCCAGCGAAGGCUCGGAAGGUGGCGAGGGCGCUGAGGCUGCAGACGUCUCGAGCGACUCGAAGGCAACCUCAUCCUCGGCAGCCUCAAAACAUGAAGACGAUUCCGAUGGCUGCGAACAAUGUACCAAAGUUUUGGAAGAGUUGGAAAAUAUAGACGACGAUUGUGACAAGCAUGGCAUUACAUUUGUAAAGACCAAGGACUUUUCGGUGGCCGAUGGUUAUGGUGUGCACGAUUACCCAGCCCUGGUAUACUUUGAGGGUGGCAUUCCCAAUGUAUUCGAAGGUGAACUUGGCGAGGAGGAGGAAGUUCUGCAAUGGCUUAUCACACAAAAGACCGAAGAUCGCAUUGAACUGAUAACACGACAAAUGUUGGAGACCAUGGUUGAGGAAACCCAAUAUUUGGCUGUGUAUUUCUUACCACCCGAACGUAGUGAUGGAAAAUCGCCUGCUUAUUGCCGCAGUUUUUGUUCUCCUUUAAGCCAACGCGAAACCAAUGACACCACCACAAUCACCGCCAGUCGUACCAAUUCCUCUACCAACACCCACAAACCUAAACAAUUUCUCACAAACUAUAUGUCGCGCAAAAGAAAACGUAUCCAAAAUCAAGACAAAAUCAAUUGCAACAUUUGUGAUCAGAUCUUGGAAGGUUUGGAAUUGAUCGAUGACGAGUGUGAUGUCUUUGGCAUACACAUGGUUAAAAUCCAAGAUCCACAACUGGCCAAACGUUAUUCUAUCAAAACAUUCCCCGCCUUAGUGUACUUCAGAAAUGGAAAUCCUUUGCUUUUCGAGGGUGAUCUACAAAAUGAACAAUCUGUCCUGGAGUGGUUGAUCGAUGAUGAUAAUCGCGAAUUGGCCGAUGAGAUUGAAGAGGUCAAUGAGCGCAUGUUGGAACGUCUUAUGGCUGAGUCCACCCUAUUGGUGGUAUUCUUUUAUGACGAGGACUGUGCGGAAUGCGAAGAGAUUUUGGAAGAAUUAGAAGAGAUUGACGGCGAAGCUGAUAUGUUUGGCAUUGAUUUUGUCAAGAUUGCCAGUGCUGAAGCUGCCAAAACUUAUGAAGUUGUUAACAUACCAUCAUUAGUAUACUUUAGAAAACAAGUUCCUGUAUUGUAUGACGGUGAUUUACAUCAACACGACAAAAUUAUCACUUGGCUGACAUCUCAGGAUGUCUUUGAGAUCAAGAACGAAAUUGAAGAGGUCAAUCGCAAAAUGUUGGAUAAAUUAUUGGAAGAAAACGAAUUCAUCACUGUAUUCUUCUAUGAACACAAUCAACAAGAAUCCAUAGCCGCUUUGGAGAAAUUAGAAAACAUUGAUAGUGAAACCGAUAACUUGGACAUAACAUUUGUAAAAAUGGCCGAUUCUCGUUAUGCCAAGAAAUGGGGUGUAACCAAACUGCCCGCCAUGGUUUACUUCAGAAGAAGAUUCCCCAGCAUAUACAGAGGUGACCUCUUGUCUGAGGACGAAGUGCUGGAAUGGCUUCGUAAAAAUCGUUUCCGUCAACCCGAAUUGAACAUCUUCAUGUAUGCCCUGAUAGCCUUGGCAGUGGCCUUUGUACUCUAUACCGCCUUUUUGCUGCAAUGCUUUAAGCCAGCGCCAGCACCGCCACCACAACAUCCCAAACAAUCGUGAUAUGUUUCAAACACCAAAGACUCUCGAUCGAUCGAGGAGAUGCGAUGCGUUGCGAAGAGAUCAAUCAGACUUUUUGCAAUCUUCUUUGGUUUUGGAUUUGAUUUUUGCCACAACUCCAAGAGUAACUUUUUUUAGCCAAAUUAUUUAUCUUUGUAAACAAGACAAUGGAUUUUAUGUGUAAAUCUGUUUUUUGUGAGACCACUACUACUACUACUACUGCUAUUACAAUGAUGACAUUACACUAUAAUUAUAUUAUGUAUUAUAUCGCUAUCUCUCUCUCUAUGUCUGUCUCUACAUAUACAUGCAUAUAGCUCUCUUAAACUUAUGUAUGACGAUUUCAUUUAAUUUCAUUGUUUUUUUAUAUAAUUUUUACAAAUUUGUUUUCAUUUUGCGAACUUAAUCUCAUUUAGAAUUUGCCAACAUAAAAAAAAUACCAAAAGACCAACGUAGAAAGGGGACUACUGCUUCAGAACUUCAGGAGAAAAAUUCUAACGACAUGUCUACGAACGAAUUUGCCUGUUAUACCGUUUCAGUAUCCUUUGAUCGCUACACCGACCCUUAUUUUUUAUACGAAUUCUAAGAAUUUUUACCCCCAAAGAAAACUUUGCCUAGAGCCUAGAGUUCGGAAGUCCUGAAGAAUAGUCCUUUUGGGGGCUGUGCUUACCAUUUGAAUAAUUGAUGUGUUCCAUUCAUUCGCUCAUUCGCCCAUUCUUUCAGUCAUUCAUUCAUCGAUUCAUGCAAAUCACGCAUAUAUUCACUUAAAUGUUUUCGAAGUCAAACUAGGCGAAAAGUUAAUCUAGUAACACCACCACCACCAACAACAACACCACCACACCAACAAUCAAAUGAAAAUACAAACAAACAUACUGAAAUACAUACAUUCAAUUGAAGAAAAGCCAAUGGAAUUCUCUGUAUUCCCUAUACUCGAUAUCCGGAAAUCCGAAAAAACCAACAAAACAAAACAAAAAACAAACAUCAAAAAAAUUGUAAAAGUAAAAGAACGAUUUAGAAAAUUUCAAUAUAAAAUAAAUAUGGUAAAUAACAAUAACAACCAAAAACAACAACAACAACAAACAAUACACAUUUAUCCGAUACCAUUACAA